UCUUCCUGCCUAUAUACGUAUUUGAACGUCUGUAAACAUUGAAAUAGUAAUAAACGUCGAAUGAUUUGACGUUGAACAUGAACAAUUCAAAGAAAAUAAACGUGAAUUAUUCAUCGUUAGUGGGUUUGAAAGCUGAGCUUUUGAGGAAGCAAACUGAAGUUAAAGACGCGAAAGCAAAUGCGGAAGUACCUUCUACACAGUCUAAGCAUAAGGUUAGGACUAAAAAAUCCAAGACGAAAAAAAUUAAAAUUGAAAAAGAACUAAUUGACACGGACGAUAUAAAAGCUCACAAAAAGUCGAAGUUGAUGCUGGAAGCAAAAGCUAGGCUUUAUGAAAAUUUGAAGAGGUCACACAGUAAUAAAAACGAACAUUUUCUGGUCGACUUUGAAAACAAACCGGAGUCUGAAGACGAGAAAUUCGAUUCGGAUGAUUAUGAAGAUGCAAACUCUGACCCGGAAGAAGACUGGGUUGAAUAUGAAGACUGCUUUGGACGGACAAGAAAAUGUCUCCGUAGAGAUUUGUCGAAAAUGCAGGAAAAAGACGAGUUCGUGAAGCACGAAGUCAUGAAGAAAUCCCAGGGAGAUACUGAAGUUGAGGAUAUCAGACCUCCAGAUGUGAUAAUACCUCCAAAAGAGCCAGAGAUUGAAAUAAUGCGUAGAAAGUGGGAGGAGCAAACGGAAAAGUUGACUGAGAAGAUGAAUAUUCAUUAUCAAGACAUUCUGUUUGACGAAGCAAGAGCCCACGGAGUUGGAUACUACGAAUUCUCUCAGGACGAAGAAAUGAGAGCAAAGCAGCAGGCAAACUUGGAUGCAUUGAGAAAGGAAACCAUACAAAAACAAAAAGAAAUGCAAAAUCUAAAGGAAAUGAAAGACAAAAUGGAACAGAACAGGCUAAAAGCGGCUAGAAUACGACAGAGAAUAAGGGCUGGACUGCCCCCUGAGCCUACGGAGGAAGAACUGGUCAAAAAUGAUGACGUGAACACGGACAAGGUGGAAGUUAAAACAGAAACUGAAGAGGAAGUUGAAACUGUUGAGAAAGAAAUAGUUGAAUAUAGGAAGGAAAAUUCACUUGUUGAAAUUGAGAAUAAGAUAAAAGCUUUUGGCGAACUACUUGGCAAAAGAACACAGUGGCAUGAGAUGUCGCAAGAAGAAUGGGUCUACAAGCGAAGAAAAGAUAGAGAUGAAGAAUUUGCCCCUGUGUACAACAAUUUUAAAAGUUCCGGAUAUCUAGAAUCCAAGACUACCGAUCGGGACAAGGAUGAAAGUUCAGCAUCGCUCGAUAAUCACUUAUCUAGUAAAAAUGAGGAAAAUGAGGACUCAGAGAGUCCUGCUUUCGUCGAAGAAUUUGACACAAAGAAAAUGACUGAUCAACUCGGUGACACAGAUAGUCCACAGAAUCAUAUUCCGCAUUCUGAGACUUCUACAGAUUUGUCACAGAUUGCCAUGCCUACGGAUUUGCUUAGCAAAGCUGACACAGAAUCAUCGGAUAGUAAUGAUUCGGAUGUAAUCGGACCGAUGCCACUGUAUACCGAAUUACCCUCACAGCAUGUUGAUUUGCAACAAACGUUCGCUACCCUGCCAGAAAAUGUGAGAACAGAAUUGUCUGGCAUCGAUUUCUCAAAGCCACCUCCAAAUAUGCAAUUUGGCCUUACUUCAGAUGUUUUUUCUGCUGGCCCAGAACUCGUACCAACUCCAGUCCCACCCCCGAAUCCCGAUUGUUUACCUAUGGAAUAUCUUCUGCCGCAUUCCACAUCGUUGAGCUCAAUAACUGGUGUGGAUUCAAGUAAACGUUCAGAUGACAUCAGCAUCCCGGAUAAUAUUGAUAGUCAAGAAACACAGCAUAUCUUGAAUGAAGACAAGAUUACUGCUGGACUCAAAUAUUUACGAGCAAAUUUCGAAAAGCAAAAACACAGUUGAUAUACUAAAAUAUUUAAGAAUAUCAAGUCAGCUAAUUCAAAGUAACAGACAUGUUUUGUGUCGGAUGACACAGAUGUAAAUAUUUUUUCGUUGCUCACUUUCUUCUCUAAUUAUUGUUUAGUAGUAGAACUGUUACUUAUUUAUAUGAAAGAUUAGAAAUAAUU